AUGAGAACACGACUCAACUUCCUGCUGCUCUGUAUUGCCAGUGUUUUGUCUGUGAUUUGGAUCGGAGUCCUCCUUACUUGGAAUGAUAAUAAUCUUGGCGGAAUCUCCCUAAACGGAGGCAAGGAUUCUGCCUAUGAUGAUCUGCUAUCAUUGGGAAGCUUCAACGACAUGGAGGUCGACUCCUAUGUCACCAACAUCUACGACAAUGCUCCAGUGCUAGGAUGUACGGAUUUGUCUUAUCAUGGAUUGUUGAAAGUCACCCCAAAGCAUGACUUAGCUUGCGAUUUGGAGUUCAUAAGAGCUCAGAUUUUGGACAUUGACGUUUACUCCGCCAUAAAAGACUUAGAAGAUAAAGCCUUGACUGUAAAACAAAAGGUUGAAAAACACUGGUUUACGUUUUAUGGUAGUUCAGUCUUUCUGCCCGAACACGAUGUGCAUUACCUGGUUAGACGAGUCAUCUUUUCGGCUGAAGGAAAGGCGAACUCUCCAGUAACAUCUAUCAUAGUUGCUCAGAUAUAUGACAAAAACUGGAACGAGUUAAAUGGCCAUUUCUUGGACAUCCUGAACCCAAAUACUGGGAAGGUCCAGCACAACACGUUUCCACAAGUUCUUCCUAUUGCAACCAAUUUUGUCAAAGGUAAGAAGUUUCGUGGGGCAGAAGAUCCUAGAGUUGUUUUGAGAAAGGGCCGUUUUGGACCUGAUCCUUUGGUGAUGUUCAACUCCCUAACUCAAGAUAACAAACGUAGGAGAAUUUUUACCAUUUCUCCAUUUGACCAGUUCAAAACAGUCAUGUACGACAUUAAAGACUAUGAGAUGCCCAGGUAUGAAAAGAACUGGGUCCCAUUUUUCUUAAAAGACAAUCAGGAGGCAGUUCAUUUUGUUUACUCUUUCAACCCUCUGAGAGUACUCAAAUGCAGUCUUGAUGACGGCUCAUGUGAUAUUGUGUUUGAGAUACCGAAAGUUGACUCCAUGUCGUCUGAGUUGCGUGGUGCCACACCUAUGAUCAAUCUUCCUCAGGCAAUUCCGAUGGCGAAGGACAAAGAGAUCUGGGUUUCAUUCCCCAGAACGAGAAUUGCAAAUUGUGGUUGCUCCAGGACGACAUACAGACCAAUGCUGAUGCUCUUUGUCAGAGAAGGUUCAAAUUUCUUUGUUGAACUCUUGUCCACCUCUCUUGAUUUUGGUCUGGAGGUUUUACCGUAUUCAGGAAACGGAUUACCAUGCAGUGCGGACCAUUCCGUUUUAAUCCCAAAUAGCAUUGAUAACUGGGAAGUCGUAGAUAGCAAUGGAGACGAUAUCUUGACAUUGUCAUUCAGUGAGGCGGACAAGAGUACCUCUGUGAUUCAUAUCAGAGGGCUGUAUAACUAUCUAUCUGAACUGGAUGGCUAUCAAGGUCCAGAAGCAGAGGAUGAACAUAAUUUCCAGCGUAUCCUGAGUGACUUACAUUUUGACAACAAAACCACGGUAAACAAUUUUAUAAAAGUACAAUCAUGUGCACUAGAUGCUGCCAAAGGUUAUUGUAAAGAAUAUGGGCUUACUCGUGGGGAGGCAGAACGAAGAAGGAGGGUCGCUGAGGAGAGAAAGAAGAAGGAGAAAGAGGAAGAAGAAAAAAAGAAAAAGAAAGAAAAAGAAGAAGAAGAGAAAAAGAGGAUUGAAGAGGAGAAGAAGAAGAUUGAAGAAAAGGAACGAAAGGAGAAAGAGAAAGAAGAAGCGGAGAGAAAAAAGCUGCAAGAAAUGAAAAAGAAACUUGAGGAAAUCACAGAAAAACUUGAAAAAGGCCAGAGGAAUAAAGAGAUAGAUCCAAAAGAGAAGCAAAGGGAAGAAGAAGAAAGAAAGGAGAGAGUCAGGAAAAUAGCGGAGAAACAAAGGAAGGAGGCGGAAAAGAAGGAGGCUGAAAAAAAGGCAAAUGACAAAAAGGAUCUAAAAAUAAGACAGUAG